GUCGUUGUGACGCCAUUCUUCUGCGACGGCGCGGACCUGGAGCUUCCGCGCGGUUGCUUCACUCUCCUGUAAAACGCUAGAGCGGCGGCUUGUUGCUUGCGUCCUCUGACCUGAGAGCGAAGGGGAAAGCGGCGAGAUGACUGACCGCUACACCAUCCAUAGCCAGCUGGAGCACCUGCAGUCCAAGUACAUCGGCACGGGCCACGCCGACACCACCAAGUGGGAGUGGCUGGUGAACCAACACCGCGACUCGUACUGCUCCUACAUGGGCCACUUCGACCUUCUCAACUACUUCGCCAUUGCGGAGAAUGAGAGCAAAGCGCGAGUCCGCUUCAACUUGAUGGAAAAGAUGCUUCAGCCUUGUGGACCGCCAGCCGACAAGCCCGAGGAGAACUGAGACUCUGCCUUACCACCGCAGUGCGGGGCACCUCUCCCAGCGUUUCUCCGGUUUGCCAAUCCUCUUGAGUAUUCCUGUCUCCAAAGGACCGGCUCUCCAUGGCUCCUGCGCCUCGUGCUUUCCGCUUACAGAAGUGCUUGCCCGGGGAGUCCCGCCUGACCUGCCUUCAUGUGGACCCUUAGAACAGCAUUGGGAGACCAGCAGGACUCCUGAGAACUGUGCUGGUGGAGAGGUCCUAGAGCCGGCGAGCGUUUGAGAAGAGGGCAUGACGCUGGAGUGAGAUGGGAUUUGGCGUCUCGUUUUUGGCUAAUUGAUUGUCAUUGGCUUUUUCCAUAAAGUUUAGAAAUCGUUCA